ACCCUGCUCAGCGCUGCCUGGCGCAAACGGUCGUUGUUAUUAUCAUCGCUGUUGUCGACGCUCGGAAAGACCUCAUCGCUGGAGUUGUUAAAAUCCACGAUUAGUCGCAAUAACGCUUGACGAGAUUAAUCAAAAUUAAAUGCAACAUGGAGGCCACUGAGUCAAUUGUCACAGACGCCAUUGAGGUGGAGGAAUCAACAACUACGGUUACGACUUUGGAGACCGAAAAGUCCAAAGCAGAGUUUGUGUGGACUCUGCUAGCUACAUGGCAUCUCGUCCACGUUCGUUUGGACAUGGACCCAGAGUUUGACCAGCCCGUGUGCAAGAAGAAGAAGCUGUGGGAGACUGUGGCCGAGAGAGUGACUGCAAAGCUAAGAGCCGAGGAAGGCACAGACGUUUCAGUCAAAGCCUUCGAAUGUGACUUGAAGUGGAGAAACAUGCUAGCGACAUAUCGCAAAAAUGCUGAGCGAGCCAGAAGACUGGGAACCAGCAGUGUUCACUGGGAGUUCUUCAAGGAGAUGCAUAAAGUGCUGGGAAGGAGCUACGAGGAGGUUGAGGCUCAGCGCAAGGCGAAGCUCAAUGGCACCAAGCUGGGCAAAGCCAUAGCCAGCAAACGGUUUACCCCGAUACUGCCCACACCCACAGCUACAGCGCCACAGUUACCCAACGCCAGGCCUCCUCAGGAUUUGCUGCAGUUGUACCUGGAGCUGCAGGAGAGGAAACUGAACAUGUGGGCUCAGCAGAAAGCGCUGGAAGAGAGGAAGAUUGAGGCCAUUAAUAACUUGGCACGUGCCAUAACUUUCCUGUCCCAGAACAAUACCAUGCAAAUGCCCAAAGAGUGUCUGUCGGACACCCCUGUUACCCAACAGUAGUCUUUAAAGAUAGGAAAUGCAUUUUUAUUUUUAGAGAAAUGCCUGAUAUGUUGAACCCUUUUCAGAGAAUUGAAAAGACUUGAACUGAACAGCAAUUUGUUGAAAAAUGCUUGGUUUUCCUUCAGUGUGAAUUGCAAAAAUAUAACUGAGAAGUUAAAAAUGUCACAUUCAUAUAAAAUGAGUACAG